UCGCACUCGUUUGGCAUGAUAGUUGUUUAUCGCUGGAAAUUCUAUAUAAGAGCAACGCACGCAGCCCACUGGUAGUUACUUGUGUUCACGGUACGCGUCCAGUGCGCCGCUCCGUAUUGUUGACAUCGCAUGCUUACUGGAGUUGCAAACAACUAAACCAAAAUGGCUUCAAGGGACCCAGCCACCGACCAGCUUAUUAAUUACAAGAAAGACCUUAAAGGUUCCCCUGGUUACAUCACUACAAAGACUGGAGCACCUGUUGGAGUCAAGACAGCAAUUCAAACAGUUGGAAAGUAUGGACCGGCUCUGCUGCAAGAUGUCAACUUCCUUGAUGAAAUAUCAGCAUUUGAUAGGGAGCGUAUCCCAGAGCGUGUUGUACAUGCCAAGGGUGCUGGAGCCUUCGGGCAAUUUGAAGUGACCCAUGACAUCACUAAAUACUGUGCAGCUAAAAUCUUUGAGUCAGUUGGAAAGGUCACCCCAAUGGCUGUGAGAUUCUCUACCGUAGGUGGUGAAAGUGGUUCUGCAGAUACAGUACGUGAUCCCCGAGGAUUUGCUGUUAAAUUCUACACUGAUGAUGGCAACUGGGACCUUGUUGGCAACAACACGCCAAUUUUCUUCAUCAGGGAUCCCACUUUGUUCCCUAGUUUUAUUCACACUCAGAAGAGAAACCCAGCAACUCAUUUAAAGGAUCCGGACAUGUUCUGGGACUUCAUAACUCUCAGACCAGAGUCAACUCACCAGGUACUUUACUUAUUUGGUGACCGUGGUCUUCCUGAUGGAUACAGGCAUAUGAAUGGAUAUGGUUCCCACACAUUCAAGCUUGUCAAUGCUCAAGGAGUGGCACACUGGGUGAAAUUCCACUACAAGUCUAAUCAAGGCAUCAAGAACUUGUCAGUUGAAAAGGCUGGUGAACUGGCAUCCACAGAUCCUGACUAUUCUAUCCGUGAUCUUUACAAUGCUAUUGCCAAAGGUGAUUUCCCAUCUUGGACAAUGUAUAUCCAAGUCAUGACCAUGGCUCAAGCAGAGAGCUGCAAGUUUGAUCCAUUUGACUUGACCAAGAUUUGGCCUCAUUCUGAUUAUCCUUUGAUUCCUGUUGGCAAAAUGACAUUAAACAGGAACCCCAAAAACUACUUUGCUGAAGUUGAACAAAUUGCCUUCAGUCCGGCCAAUCUGGUCCCUGGAAUUGAGCCAUCUCCAGACAAGAUGUUGCAAGGUCGUCUAUUCUCAUACAGUGACACUCACCGUCACCGUCUUGGUGCAAACUAUCUGCAAAUUCCAGUGAAUUGCCCCUACCGCGUGACGGUGUCUAACUACCAACGUGAUGGACCACAAAACAUGAGCAACCAAGAGGGAUGCCCCAACUACUUCCCCAACUCCUUCUCUGGUCCUCAAGAAUGUCCGAGAGCACAACGCCUGCAGCCCAGGUACAACGUUAGUGGUGAUGUUGACAGAUAUGACAGUGGCCAGACUGAGGACAACUUCUCUCAAGCUACUGCACUCUACAAGGAUGUAUUUGAUGAUGCAGCCAAACAACGUGCCGUUGAAAACAUUGUGGGUCAUUUGAAGGACGCUGCAGCAUUUAUUCAAGAAAGAGCCAUUAAGAUCUUUACCCAAGUUCACCCUGAUUUAGGUAACAAGGUAGCUGCUGGUUUGGCUCCAUUCAAGAAAUACCAUGCCAAUUUGUAAAUAAUGAAUAUGGAUCACAUGGGUGCUAUUUACAUUAAUUAGAUUUUAAGUAGCAAGAAUUAAUAACUUGCAGGGAAUAUUUGGGGCUUUGUACAAUAUUCGUUAUGGUAGGUACUGAUUAUACAUAAUUCCAUUUUUAUACACAUGUAUCAGCACAUCAGCUGUCCUAUUUAAAGAACUUUGUUGUAAUUCAGUGAUUUACAAUUAGAACUGCAUAAUAUAUCAAUUAAAGGCAUAAUAAUCUUAAUAAUAAUAUUUACUAUGGUACUGAUUAUAUUACAUAAUAUUGUUGAUUAUAAAG